AUGAUCAACGGGCCUUCUGAUGUCGUUGACGAAGGUACUGGUUCUGGUUGUGGUGGUCCCGAUGAUGGCAUAUCUGUGGGUGCUGGUGCUGGUGGUGUUGGCACGGCGUCGGAUGUAGAUGCCGUUGCGGAUGCGGAGACUGCUGGAGGUGGCGCGAUGGAGGAUGGAGAUGGUUGUGCUGAAGACUCUGGAGGCGGUGCCAUAGAGGGGGAAGACGGUGAUGGUUGUGCGGAGCUUGAGGGGGCGGGUGGCAUGCUUGGUGCAACAGAGGAUGACGGCGUGAGUGUAGGCGCAGGAAACUCCGAUGUCAAAGAUGAUGGUGCGGGUUCGCUGGGUGUUGGCUCUGCUACUUCAGAAGACGAGGCUGCGAGCGUAGAAGACAAGGCCACUGAGCUUGAUAUGACUGGCUCUGGUACAGCGGAAGAAACGGGUAUCUCGGGUGCUCCACUUGGCUGUGGUGUGGCUGUCGGCAUGAUUGUAGUGUACGAUGUUACAAUCACUACAGGCGGUACUUGGAGGGAUGCCGAUGGCGAGACUUCAGCAGGAGCGUUUGAAGGAGCGGGCAUAGGAGUACCAGCCACUUCUGAUGUUGAAGAAACCAGUGGAGCGGACUCUUGA